GAUUCUUACACAAAUCUAACAUGGGACAGCUUGGAUGUCUUCUACUUACAUUGUGCAUAGUGGCAAUUAACUGCGAGGAAUCGCAGUUACAAAUAUCUGCUCUUUUUGAAAGAGUAUUGCAGUUGGAGAAUGCAGUACGUUUUCAGGCAGAUCGAAUAACUGACCUCGAAAAAUCAAAUAUGAAACUGAAUAAAACUGUCGCAGAGAAGGCCAAAAAUAUAAAUUAUUUGGAAUCAGUUUUGAGGAAACUUCAACCAGUUGAGUUGGAUUCCCUCCACAAAGGCUAUGAGUCGUUGCUGGAUAAAUCAGUUGAAGAGGAAGGCUUUCAACGUUUUGGCAGUUUUCACCGAUAUGAUCAAAUUCGACAAGCACGCUUACUGGCACCUCCAACAACAACACCAGAAAUGGUAGGAUUUUAUGCCAUCAUGUCCACAGGUAUCACGAACCCAGGAGAUCACCAAACACUAAUAUUUGAUCAAGUUCAACUAAAUGAAGGAAAUGGAUACCAGUCUCACUCUGGUGUCUUCAUCGCACCUGCCUCAGGCAUGUACGCUUUCACUUGGACGAUGCGUCUUCACGCAGCACACGGGGCCGAGAACCACAGCGCCCAGUUAAUCGUUGACAACAAAAUGUACAGCGCCAUCUUUCAAAGUAUAGGACAUUCUGGCAAUGAAAACGUUAGUGGCACCUGUGUUGUUCUCUUGAAUAAAGGAGAUGACGUGUUUGUUAGAACAACAACAAAUAAUGUGGGUGGGAUCGAGAGUGAUGCUUCCGGGGUGACCGCGUUUGGUGGAUGGCUUAUCAAAUAA